AUGGCGUCCGUAUCCUUUGAGGGCAUGUUCCAGCAGCCCAUCCCGCCCGUCGACGUCCGAACAGAGGAGACAGAGGUCAUGGAGGACGACGACAACGCCGCACAACAAGCCACCGAGAGCGCCCAGCCGGAAGACGAGGACGACGAGGGGCUGGACCAAGACCAAGAGGAGGAAGAUGACGACGAUGACGAGGCUUCAGACGAGGAGCAAAUUGAGAGCAGUGUCCAGGCCGACAUGGACAAGCUGACCGAGGACUUUCCCGGCUUCCGGGACAAGUACCGCCUGAUAAAACGCAUCGGCGAGGGGACCUUUUCCACAGUCUUCAAGGCCGAGGACCUCGACUACGGUCGCUACGAUAACAGCUGGGACCUCGAGGACGACGCGUCCAAGUGGACGCCCCCGCCGCUCAAGCGCCAGCAGCAACAACAAAACCACCAACGGCGGCAAGCCUCCUCCCCUCCACGGCGGCCGAAGCGCCCGCGAUACGUCGCCAUCAAGAAGAUCUACGUGACGUCGAGCCCUGCGCGCAUCCUCAACGAGCUCGAGCUGCUCCACGACCUCCGCCGAUGCCCCUCGGUCUGCCCGCUCAUCACCGCCUUCCGCGAGACAGACCAGGUCGUCGCCAUCCUCCCCUACUUCCGCCACGGCGACUUCCGCUCCUACUUCCGCGACAUGACCAUCCCGGACAUCGUCAUCUACCUGCGCUCGCUCUUCACCGCCCUGCGCAGCGUCCACGCCCAUCGCAUCCUCCACCGCGACAUCAAGCCCACCAACUUCCUCUACGACCCCACCACCCAGCAUGGAGUCCUCGUUGACUUUGGCCUCGCCGAGCGCGAGGGCUCCGACUGCAAGCCCUGCCUGUGCCACGAGCCUCGCGAGGUCCGCAAGCAGCGCCAGGGCGCAUCCGCCUGGGCCCAGAUGACGGGCACGGCUGCCGGCGGCGCCCAGCCGGGAUAUCCCAAGACGGACACGCGCCCUUCCCGCCGAGCCAACCGCGCCGGCACCAGAGGCUUCCGCGCGCCUGAAGUGCUCUUCAAGUGCACCGAGCAGUCCACGGCCAUUGACAUCUGGUCCGUCGGCGUCAUCCUCCUCACCAUCCUGUCGAAGCGGUUCCCCUUCUUCAACUCGGCCGACGACGUCGAGGCCAUGAUCGAGAUUGCCACCAUCUUUGGCGCCAAGCGCAUGAAGGCGGCUGGCCUGCUCCACGGCUGCGUUUUCGAGACGACGAUCCCCACUAUUGGCACCCAGGGCUUCACCAUGGAGAAGAUCAUCCUCUGGAGCACCUGCCGCGGCGAGGACAAGCCCUUGACGAGGCACGAGCGCCUCGCCGUCCGCUUCCUCGAGCAGUGCAUGGAGCUGGAUCCUUCGCGCCGCAUCACGGCCGCCGAGGCGCUUGAGCACGAUUUUCUGGUCUUGUCCGAGGCGGACCUUGCCUAUAAGGAGCGGUCGGACCAGCUGCACGCCGUUUUGGAGGAGCAGAUGGGGCUUCGGCCUCGCACAUGA